UUGUUUUAGCGCCGCUAGGAGGCAGUUUAGGAUUGCUCUUGUGUCCGUCAGUUGAAUACGAAUGGAUUGUGUUAAAGUUUAUUUUAUAUUUUGUUGUGUAUUUUAAUUGAUUAAAUGUGAAUUGUAAUUAAAGAAUGUGUUUAAUAAAGAGACGAGAAAGAAAAUAAGUGUAAUACAUCAGUAUUAUAAAUAUUUAUUUUGUUCAUAAAUUGUUUAAUACCUCUACUACGCACAAUGGACCUUAACAUGUGACAUGAAUUCAGUUCAGAAGAGGAUAAUAUAGUUGACAGAAGAUUUAUAGUUUUGCAUGUAUAAAGAUGACUCAUUUUAAUCUAUAAAUGGAUAUAUAUGGGAAAGUACAUUGAGUUGAAGGCUGAAUAUGUGAGGGAGGAAGUCGAGGGAGGCAUUAGAAUAUCAAGGAGAAAGCUCCCUCUUUCAGUUCUCGAUGAUGAUUCAGUAACCUAUUUCCUCCAACAAUACCGGUGAUCGUGAAGUGGUAGCUAACUUGACCAUUAUCGACAUCUAUGAGCCUGACUUUAUUCGCUGAACUACAGUUACCAGAUGGGGAAAAACAGUCGUAAGUAUUUUUAUUACAAUGGAAAAUGUUUCUUGCAAAGCGACGAUAAAAAUCAUUGGUGGACAUCCUAUUAAUAUAAAACAGCGACCAUUCAUGACGAGGACGAAAUUGCAGCUUUCUUUGCACAAUUCUGACGGAUUUAUAUGCGGAGCUAGUAUUUUGUCCAAGAAUUGGGGUAUCACUGCUCUUCAUUGUCUACUUCCAGAUAGAGAAACGAAUUAUUUCGUGAGAGCCGGCUCGAACAAGCUUUACCAAGGAGGAUCGUUGCAUAAAUUAACAAAGAUAUACAUGUAUAACAAUACCAUGUUCCAAUAUUGGUUCUCGAGUAUUCUGUACCACGAUAUAGCGUUGUUCGAGGUACGACCUCGCUUUCGAUUCUCGAGUACUGUUCGAGCUGUUCGAUUGCCCACCGAAUUCACCAAACCACCUGAGCAACUGUGUGUUUGCGGUUGGGGUUAUACCAGUGUCCAAAGUAACGCGAAAAUUAGCAAUGUUUUGAUGGGAACCUGCAUCCGGCACACACCAUACGAGGCGUGCAUAGAGGAAACUCCAGAAUAUAGAAUGCUCGUUAAGAAGGAUCACCAUCUUUGUUACGGAGCGAGUGGGAAGGAUUCUUGUUACGGGGAUUCGGGAGGUCCGUUGGCAAGUAAAAACACCCUUUACGGCAUCGUCUCUUUCGGUCAAAAUUGCGCUAUAGUGUCAGGAGUUUACACGAAAGUCUCUUACUACAGACGCUGGAUUAAGCAAAUCACGAACCUGUGAUCGAGGAUACACAUAUCAGUAAAACAGAUAUCAAAUUUUUGUUGUCGAAAAAGAAUUCGAAACUUGAUAAAAACCAUUUAUUAUUU